CCUACGGGCUGUAGAUGGAGCUGUCCGGCCCCGGCGAGGGGGAAGGCGCCUGGAAAACGUUCUUCUUCUCCCUGGCCGGCCCGAGCGGGGAACAGCACUCCCAGGAUGCAGUUUGUGUCAACACGGCCACAGCCUCAGCAGCUGGGCAUUCAGGGCCUGGGGCUGGACAGCGGGAGCUGGAGCUGGGCCCAGGCUCUGCCCCCGGAGGAGGUCUGCCACCAGGACCCGGCGCUGCGCGGGGAAAUGGCCGAGGGAAUGCCGCCCAUGCAGGCUCAAGAAUGGGACAUGGAUGCCCGGCGACCUAUGCCUUUUCAGUUCCCGCCCUUCCCAGACAGAGCACCCGUCUUCCCUGACCGUGUGAUGAGAGAGCCCCAGUUGCCCACGGCCGAGAUCUCCCUCUGGACCGUGGUGGCCGCCAUUCAAGCUGUGGAGAGGAAGGUGGAUGCCCAGGCCAGCCAGCUGCUAAAUCUGGAGGGACGGACGGGGACAGCCGAGAAGAAGCUGGCCGACUGCGAGAAGACGGCCGUGGAGUUCGGGAACCACAUGGAGAGCAAGUGGGCCGUGCUGGGGACCCUGCUGCAGGAGUACGGGCUGCUGCAGAGGCGGCUGGAGAACAUGGAGAACCUGCUGAGGAACAGGAACUUCUGGGUCCUGCGGCUGCCCCCGGGCAGCAAGGGGGAGGUCCCCAAGGUUCCGGUGACUUUUGUCGACAUUGCUGUGUACUUCUCCGAGGACGAGUGGAAGAACUUGGACGGAUGGCAGAAGGAGCUUUACAACAACCUUGUGAAGGAGAACUACAAAACCCUCAUGUCCCUGGACGCAGAGGGCCCUGGGCCCAAGCCAGAGGCCCCAACCCAGGCUGAGCCCAGGGAAGAGCCUUGCGUGUGGGAGCAGCGUAACCCAGAAGAGAGAGAAAUCCUGAUGGACCCUGACACAGGAGCGGAGCCCCUGGUGCCUGCACAAGACGCGUCUCAGGUGAAGCGUGAGGAAGCCCUGUGUGUCCGGGGUCAGCGGGGCCUGGAGGAAAGAGCUAUCCCCACGGAGUCCAUUACCGACUCGCCAGCCUCUGCCCAGGACCUCCUCUCCCGAAUCAAACAGGAGGAGAACCCGUGCGUGUGGGAUCAGCAGGACUUGGCAGAGAGAGAUAUUCCAACAGACCCCAAUUCAGAGUCUCUGAUCUCGGCACAUGACAUUUUGUCAUGGAUCAAGCAGGAGGAGCAGCCGUACCCGUGGGGCCCCCGCGACUCAAUGGAAGGAGAGCUGGGAUUAGACUCUGGCCCCAGUGACAACCUGCUGCUGGUGAAGAACCCGAACCCGGCCCCGGCCCAGCCGCCCCAGCCCGCUCAACAACCGAGCCUGCCCCCACCUCCGGUGGCCGAGAAUGCCGGUGGCCCCCUGAGCCGGGCCGCCCCCGGGCUGCUGGAAGACAGCUUCCCCGCACUGGCUGGGGAGCGGGGCACGGCUGGCGGGGCGCAGGCUGGCAGCGGCGGGGGCGCAGGCGGGGGACCCGGGGGCGGUGGGGGCUGCGGCAGCUGCUGCCCGGGGGGCGGGCUCCGGCGGGGCCUCCUGCAGGGCGCGCGCAACAAGCCCUACUCGUGCCCCGAGUGCGGCAAGAGCUUUGGGGUGCGCAAGAGCCUCAUCAUCCACCACCGCAGCCACACCAAGGAGCGGCCCUACGAGUGCGCCGAGUGCGAGAAGAGCUUCAACUGCCACUCGGGCCUCAUCCGGCACCAGAUGACGCACCGAGGCGAGCGGCCCUACAAGUGCUCCGAGUGCGAGAAGACCUACAGCCGCAAGGAGCACCUGCAGAACCACCAGCGGCUGCACACGGGCGAGCGGCCCUUCCAGUGCGCGCUGUGCGGCAAGAGCUUCAUCCGCAAGCAGAACCUGCUCAAGCACCAGCGCAUCCACACGGGCGAGCGGCCCUACACGUGCGGCGAGUGCGGCAAGAGCUUCCGCUACAAGGAGUCGCUCAAGGACCACCUGCGUGUGCACAGCGCGGGCCCUGGCCUCGGCGCCCCGCGGCCCCUGCAGGCGCCGCCUGACCGAGACUAGGGCUGGGCUGGGGGAGGGAAGGCCGGCGGCAGGCGCAGGGGUGCGGAGGGCCUGGGGGCGGCCUGACGACCCUCGAUCCUGCUGUGGCUCCCAGUGCGCCUUCCCUCCCUCCACCUGCCACCCGCUGGAAAUCGGGAACAGGAAUUGCACUCUAAACAGGGUCCCCAAGAGGUGGACAGGGGUCCCCUAGACCUGUCCAGCCUGAAUGAACGGCCCCGCUCAUCUCACAGGUGGAUCCAGGGGCCGGCUGAGCGGCUUCCCGCAGGGAAGGUGCGGGAGGGACAGUGAGGAGGCCAGAGGCUUCCCGCACGCCCUCAGACACCUGGAGUGCCCAUUUGGCCACUGGGGUCUCAGAUUGUGAUCAAGGGAAGCAACCAGGGAGUCUCGGAAGCCCGAGAUCGGGAAAUCAGGUCCCAAGGCUGAGAUGCUGCAAGAGGAAGCAAAGGUGUGACUGAGCUGAGGGAUGUGCUAAGGGAUACCACCUCCAUGACGACAACACUGCCUCGCGUUUGAAUAGCGCUUUAUACUUUUUUAAACGUGUUUUCUAUCCGUUAUCUAUUUUCGCCCUUAGCCUGUCCCUCUGUGGCAGGUGGGGGUAGGGUUUGCCUGACCCGGUAACCAAGGAAAGGAGGUGCAGGUCAGAUGGUUUAGCCCAGAUUACAGAAGAAGAGCGGCAGAGCUGGGACCGGGGCUCCUGACCCAGCGCAGUGUCCCCACCACACACACUGCCUACCUCCCACGUUUGAGAGACAGACCUCUCUGGCCUUGCCUCUCCUGGUCUCUCUCCCUUGCCCCUGACCCACCAAAAAUAAUCAGAAGCCACUGGGGACAAUUCGUGGGGUUCCUGGGAGUGGGCAACCGAUUGGCUACAGAAUGCCUCAGGUUGUGCUUCUGAAAGGCUCUUCCUCUGUGGGCACUUUUGGGGCCCAGGCCCCAUCCCCCAGCCCAUCCCUCCCACCUCUAGUCCCUCAACCUGGUGCAACCCAUCUUGUUACUACUCAGUAGUGACCCGGCCCUCCAGAGGCAGCUGGUGCCCUGGGUCAGAGCUCACCCUGAUGAUUUAUUCCAGUUUCCCCAGAGCCACAGGGUGAGAGCAAGGCUCAUGCUGCCGGGGCCGCCAUGGAGGAAGUGCAUCUCUUCCCAGGAGGGCCAGGCAGUGGGUGCUAGAGGCCGAGAGCCUCCGUCUCUCUCCUGCCCUGAGCCUCCCAACCGGUGCUAUCUGUUAACUGACCAUGCUCACGGACAUGGACGUGGACACAGACCUCCUCUGCUCCAGACCCUGCAGGCGCCGCAGGAGGCGCCCAAAGGACUCCCUUGUGUUGGUGCAAUGCUCCGUGGUCCCGAGGGGCCACCGUCUCCAUUUCUGCGUCUUGCAUGGCCAGGCACUGGGGUGGGGUGGCAUGCCCCAGGACCCUUGUUUGUGUUGAGAAUGACUUUUUCCUGCUCCGCCCAUCCACCCCACUUCUCUCCCAUCCGGGGCACGGUGGGCAGCCUGCACCUGGCACCACAUCUGUGAGCGCUCUGCUUCCCCCCUCACCUGCACCGCUUGGCUGUCCUCAGACCCCCGUUUGCCACGCAAAGGGAAUUCUUGAAAUUAAAUAAAAGGUGUCCAGAUUGCAGACUGCAUGUUCACAAGGCCGAGGGUUCUGCAUUGUGGCUUCGGACAGGAAAGCCUCCAUGCGACUGGAACCCAACUAACUGGGAUUUUUCUCCUUCAUUCAUUCUGAAGGAGGCAAAUCUUGAAACUAGUUGAGAAAUUAAGCAGACAAGUUCAGUGGAGUUUUGUUAGCGCAGAAGGGACCCUCUAAAACAUUGUUUUUGUGGGGAGGGAGCAGUAUCUGCUUUUCAGAGGCAUAUGCAGAAAAUCAAGCUUUUCAUCAUCUAAAUAAUUGGAAAUAAGACUUUUUUUUUUUUUUUUUGGCUGUUAAGAGUAUAAAGAUAGGGAGAGAUCACUACUGAGACAUGGAUUUGAAGUAUUUGAGCACGUAGUUCAAGUGUACAUUUUGCCCUCAAGGAGCUGAUUCCCAAAGAGGUUUAGAGACUAAAUUAGAGGGCAGAAAGUUAGUACCUGGUUCCUUCAUCCUAGUCUGGUAGAUCCCAGGGCACCAAGAGCCCCCCCAGCCUCCAACGCUGGCCCGGGAGAGUCCAAUAGUGAGCCCUGCCCCCGAGCUGAUCCAAGGUGAUGACACUCAAGAUGGACCUCUCCCAGGCAGCAAGGAUCCCGAGAGGGGACCCUGCAGUCCACUUUCUGAAGGGCCUGCUUUGGGUGGAUUUUUAUUUCCCAUCUGAUAGUGUGUUAAUUAAAAUUAACUUUUAAUUUAAAAAUUAAUGUGCACAGUAAAGUUUCAAAUGGUUAAAAAAAAGGACAAUCCUCACUCGAGCAUAUAUUUUUAUUGCUUUUUAGAGAGCGGAAGGAAGAGAGAAACAUCAAUCAUUUUCCUACCUGAUCCGCUGUUGAAAAGCAUCCACUGCUAAGAGCUUUUUUUUUUUUUUUUAAUAUAUUUUUAUUGAUUUCAGAGAAGGGAGAGAGAGAUAGAAACAUGAAAGAUGAGAAAAUCAUUGAUCGGCUGCCUCCUUCAUGCCCCACACUAGGGAUGGGGCCCGCAACCUGGGCAUGUGCCCUGAGCAGGAAUGGAACUGUGACCUCCUGGUUCAUAGGUCAAUGCUCAACCACAACUACACCAGCUGGGCAAGAGCUUUUUUAAAAAAAUCCUCACUCAAGGAUGUUUUCACUUUUUUUUUUUUUUAGAGGGAGAGGAUGAGAAACAUCAAUUAGUUGCCUCCUGUACCCGUGCUGACCAGGGAUCGAACCUACAACCCUCUGAUGUACGGGAUGACGCUCCAACCAACUGAGCCACCUGGCCAGGCUACUGAGAGCUUCUUAUAUGUCCUUCCAGAACUGGAGAAGUCCUCAAAGGGAAUGAGGUGACAGGCCCAAAGGAAUGGAGAAGUGCUAAGCUGACAAAAUUAUCAGAUGUCUGCUGCACACGCACACAGCAGGGUGGUGCAGCUUGAGCCAAGCGUGUUCCGCUAGGAUUCUCACUGACCUCGAGCCUAGUGCAGCAUGCUCCCCAGCAUCGUUUUUGUUCGUUUUUGAGAGAAGCUACACAAAGGAUAUGGUCCCUGCCACCUAGAGACUAGGAUAGUAAGGGGAACAGAAUAGAAAGGGUCUCUACUAAGUGGAAUAAAGCUGUGGCCUGUAAGCUUUCUUGAAUAAAAAAUGUUUGGGCAUAUAUAUGCUAAUACAUAUACUAUAAAUCACACUUGCAAUAGAAAAAAAAGGUCAAGGUAAAUAUUUUAAAGCAUUUUAAACUAUAUUAUUUGUGAUUCAAAGACUACUUCUGUCACUAAAAAUGGGGGUGUGAGUGAGAUAUCUAAGGUCACAUUCAGCUCGGUGUGUGUGUUGGUUUUUUUAUUUAUUGAUUGAUUUCUAGAGAGAAACAUUGAUUUGUUGUUCCACUUA